CCAGGUGUGGGGUUUGAACCCACGUCUCUAUUCAGAGACCAGAUCUUAAGUCUGGCGCCUUAACCACUCGGCCAACCUGGUGGUAAGUAAAUUUGAUUAAGUUUCUAAAAUCUCUAAUUAUUUCGAUUCAUUUGGAAAUAACUUCAAAUCUUUAGUGAUGGCCUGAUGGGACGACACGAUUCAAUUUACAUUUGUGAAAGUAAACGCAGUGUUUUAGGGCAUAUGUACUGGCCCUCAACUCGUUUAUUUGACCGAGUAACGAAUCAUUUCCUUUGUUUGGUGAAGAUGAUUUAGUUACCAAAUUUGGGCAAGCCAAGGGUUUGUCACUUUUAUAUCCCGUUGAUGCCCUCAAUAGGAUAGUCUUCCAGAGUCUGCAGUAAAUUCAAACGGAAAAACUUACCUUUCUGCUAUCCUACCGUGUCUCCAAGUCAGCCGCAUUUCUCAUUAAGAUAAUGACGACGAUUUUAGAUACUGUCCAGUCACGAAAUAUUCCGACAUCUCCUUGUCAACCCAUGCCACCGCUGUCUGUCUCGUUUUAUCUCAAACUAAUGUUGAAGAAGCGUUUAAUUUUUAAAAGUGUUUUCCAAACAGGCGAAACUCAGGCAUCGAUUCGGAUCGAAAACAAUUCGUGUCGAACAGAAAAGUGAUUAAUGUUUUACAGAGUUGAACGAUAGGCGACGGGGAAUCGUGUCAAUUAUUCAUUGUGCUACAACAAGUGAUGGACAGCUGGACGUUUAAACCUUCACCCAAUGAAUAAUUGCUAUAAAGUCAACCUCCCUUAAAGUAGCCUAUGGGGUGUUAUCGUGACGUUAAACUAUUUCUGUGUUGCUAACAACAAACUAAAGUUGUAACUGCACGUGGCGUUAUCGACUUCAUGUUGCUCGUGUAUUGUCUUUGAUGCAGUGAUAGUUCUACUUGUUUCUUUGUCAUUCUUUUAUUUUUUAAAUAGAUGAAACACCUUCCGUGGUUCUCAACGUGAAAAUUCGCAGAACAGAAAUUCUUUCAUCUCAUCCUGAUUCGCUUUCUUGGAUCUAUUUUGGCAACAAGAACUAACGAGAUCAGCCAAAACCGUUGUCCAUAAACGUGGUUGUUCCAGCAGUUGUAAAUGGCCAUCACAAAAUAAAAAUAAAAACCUGAGCACAUCUGCUGCUUGACAAGCAACGUAUAAUCAAUCAGGAUGGGAGCCUAAUGUCUUGUGUUAUGUCCUGCCAGUUUAUUAACUCGAAUGUUAACUAAUUAAUUUUUAACCAGUUUUAUUUUCCCUUGUUAGGAUUUAUUUUUCUACUGGCAAAAUGCCCAUUAUCUUUACGAUUGUUAGUUAAUUCACAUUGUGUCGUUUGUUUUGUUUUUUUGUUUUAGGUUUUAACAACCGAAUUAUAACGGAAAAUUCCGGGCAUCCGCGCACAACAACUUUAUCAUUUUCUGGCGAUUCCAUCUUCCGGAUAGCAGUGGAACUGUUCCGCUAGGUACGGUCAACAGGUUGACACAAAUGAGCAUGAAGCAGCUAAAUAAUCGUCGUGAAUCACUUUUUUUUAAAAAGCCAUUUAAGACCAAAACAAGUGUCGCCCUACUUUUCAGUUGGAGAAUUCUCUUCCUCGUUUUACCGUUCCCCAUAAAAUGCCCUCUGGCUCAGAGUGACUAGCCGUGAUACUUAAAAAAAUGAUUAACCGAACUUAUUCGGUUGAGUGAUUUUGAUGGACAUGAUUCCUUCCGUCACAUUUGUCUUUAAAUAUUAAUAUUCAUAAUUUAGUAGAUACUCUACGUGUCAGAGGGAAAUGUGUGGACUGUUGUCAUUCAGUUGGGCAUCUGGGACAGCCUCCAAUUUAAUUUUAAAUCUCAAAACUAUCAACAACGAACAUUCAAAGUUGAUAGCAAUGCAUUAUUCAAUUGUUCUUAAUUCCAUAUAAGAAAUGUCCGUUGUCCACCCGAGCUCAGUUGGCUAUUACCGUGGUAAUCGACUAAAAGCAGUCCGAAAUGUUUGUAACUUUCAAUUUUUGGAUUAUGAUUGUCUGCUGGUCUCAUCUAUUGAGCAAUGGGUUUUCCUUGUCUCCUUCCACGGCUUACCAGUCUCCUAAUUUGCUUAAAGGACAACAUCUCCGCAUCAUCUGGCCUCGCUGGGAGGGUAACCCCAAAGGACUAUCAGGGCCGGUCAAAGGCGGUGUUCUUAUCGAUUAUUUGGCAGCCCGGUUCAAUUUCACGUACGAACAUGUUAGAGUGACUGAAAACCGGCUGGAACCCACCCAAAAUGGAAGAGGACUUUUUAGCUACCUUUUUGAUAAUCAAAGUGACUUGAUAGUUUCUGCCAUCGUGCCGACAUCUUCUCGCUUGAAAAUUGUUGAUAUUACUCUGCCGUGGAGUUAUGGCUCUUACGUUUUCCUCCUUCCGAUUCCCGACGAGUCGGCCAACAUUUACGCUGUCGCCAAACCCUUUCAAUGGCCGGUGUGGUUGGGACUGAUCAUAGCAAUUAUUUGCGUCAUAACCAUUUUGAAUUUACUCCAACGAUAUCUGGAAUAUCGUUCUCAAUUCGAAACUGGACCAAAUCCUAAGAACCUCAGAAAAUUGCCAAUCGUCGGUGACAUCCGCCGACCUCUUAAUCGUCGCCGUCGAAUUGUUGCGAUGGUCGGUUCCCUUUUCGUCCCUUCUGGCAUUAGCCUCCGAGAAACGAGAGGACAAACAGGAAAUCAAUACCUCUACGUCUUUGGGAAUUUACUGUCACAAGGUGGUCCGUGCACGUCGAAUCGUUUGCCGUUUCGACUGGUCGCUGGCGUUUGGACCCUGGCCGCUUUCAUCUUCGUCCAGGCUUACACUUCGACAUUAUUCACCUACGUCGUGGCACCUGUCAAUCAUCCGCUAAUCGAUUCCCUGUAUGACAUUGCCGACAACCCUGAAAUUCAUUUGCUGGUCAAAAACGAGGGGACUCCGGAUCGAUACUUUACGAGCAAUAAUUGGACUGGAUUUUAUGAGAAACUGCGAGACAGGAUCAACAACUUUCCCCAAUCCCGCUGCACCUUGGUGUCCGAGUGUAUCGAUUUAGUCAAACCGGGAUCGAAAAAUGUUUUCGCUGAUGCGGGGGUUUACCAAAUGGACGCCAUCAAAGAAGAUUACGAAAAGACUGGCCAGUGCAACUUCCAGUUGGCCAAAGAGGAUUUCAACCACUUUUUCGCUUCAAUGUCUCUGCCGAAAAACAGCCGUUACACCGACACCAUUAACAAAGGGCUGCUGGAUCUCCAGCAAACGGGAAUAAUCGACCACUGGGAUUCCUGGUUUCGCACGAUGCCCCGCAAAUGUAUGGCCAACAUCAAAUACGGAUACAACACGGAAACCAAACCGUCGCCUCUGACACUCAAGAAUUUGACAGGCGCCUUUAUCGUCCUCUUGAUCGGUUCCAGCCUCUCCUUUCUCGCUUUCCUGUGCGAAAAAAUCCUUUCGAUGCCCAAACGCCGUCGAAUCAACAAACUCUAAAACGGUCAGGUAAUCCACCCCGUAAUGGUCGUCUUGUUUUCACUAGGAAUUUAAUUAUAAACGUUAGUUAAAAUCGUACACAUUAGAAAUGAAUGUGAAAUGAAUCUAAAGGGCAAAAUUCAGCUCUCAUUGUUUCCAAAACGUGUGAAUGAGGUCAGUGAUUUCCCUCGACUUCUAUGUACUUGUGUGUGUAGAGCCCAUAAUGGAAUAAAACAAAAAUUUAGAUGCAAC